CCCAACCCCAAAACAUAUCAAACGAGCGAAUAACAACUGUCAUACGCCUGACUUACUACAGGCGUUUUCUUGUGCAGAAAAUGGUCUAAUAGCUAGCUAAACCUCCCAUUUGUAUAACAGUCGUUGCACAAACGUUAGUUAGGAUUAGACGCAAGCAAUAUCUUAUAACAAACGAAGCUUGGAUAAUGUCAUAGCCCCACUUUUCUCUAGUGAAUAACACUUCCUUUUUAUUAACAUAAAGUUAAAAUUUAUUUCUCUCUUGUUCACAUAUAAUUAAUAUGUAUAAAAUAUCAUAUAAAAUGCAGGAUGUGGUUAUAUUUCUAAAAUUUCCGCAAUUAACUGAUACAGGAAAUGUGGUAUGAAGUUAUAUUUACGUCAGGUGAAUUGUAAAAUAAAAUCACAAACAAGUUGAUUAAAGGUAUGGCAACACCCGCAGCAGACAUGUCUAACAAUGGAGAAUUGCCAAAAACUCGUGCACGUGUUGGUUUUGAGAUGAAGACUGCGGACCAAAACAUUGAAGAUCAUUUGCAGCAAAAAUCUCCUACCAAAGGGAGAGGUGAGGCAGCACUUCUUAAAAAACUUGAUAAUCAUUUCAAAGAUCCAUACACACGGAUAUGUAGAGAUCGUGGUAUUGGUAGGAUACCUGAAAAACUCAUUCUGAUGCCUUUAGUAUGGUUUUUCUGCACAUAUCAGUUAGUACUUUUUGGAAAUGAUCGGGCACAGUUUGCUGACUUUUUGGAACGAAAUAAUAUAGCAAUGAAACAUUUGUUGUUAAAAGACUGGUCCCAGGAUUAUGAAACUAUGCCCUAUCCUCCAUCGACUGGUAUAUAUGCCAUUUACACCAUAGAUAACCUGUUAGAGCAUAUCAAUUACACUGUUACAAACGUUUACAACAUACCCACAACAUCUGUCGGGUCUUUCUUUAUACGACGGACAAACGGAACAGGUGGAAAGGAAAAACCAGUAACACUAUGUCUCAAUUACUUCAAAACAGGAAUAUAUAAUAUAGCCGAAGAAAAAAUAGCGACAAUUGACACAACUCGUAAAACAGACUGUAGAGACAUUGAUAAACAAAGUCCACCAGGGUAUGGAUUUCAACCAAGCAUAGCAGACCUGAUGAGAAGUACUGAUGGAAAACUUGUCAGGUUGUUAUCGGUUAACAUUGAAUUCAAACUAAGUUCAAUCCAUUUGAAUGCUGAAACUGGAAAAGCUGUACAGUGUUUCGGUAUUCACGGAACUGUUUACUUUGACAAUCGAAAAAUAGAUGGACAAAUAACAGUUAAGCUCAAAACAAACAUUGAAGAAGUAAAAUGCAAUUCAGAUAGUGCUAGAAACGCAAAAACACAAGACAUUGUGAUUUCUGCGCUUGCAUUGUUGUUCUGUUUACUGCAUGGGCUGUUUUGUUUGCAAGGUUGGAUUACUUCUGCCAUACUGUUCAAGAAAACAAGAGACUACUACAACGAUUUGACAGGAAAGAUAUUAUCAACAAGGGCAUGCUGGGAAAUAUUUAAACUAAACGAUUUAAUUUUGUUCCUUUCACAUUGUGUUACAAUAGUUGGAUCGGUGAUAAAAAUUAGCAUUGAUCAUGGGCUACAGACAAACUAUAUUAUAUCAAUGUAUGACGCAACUGGAAUCCUCCUAGGUAUUGGCUGUUUGUUUACUUGGAUCAGUGUUUUGCAUUAUUUAGCGUAUGAUCAUGUAUUCGGCCUUUUAUUUAGUGUGAUGGAGAGAUCCGCAUUUGUUGUUAUCAAGUUUCUGACUUGUGUUUCCAUAUUAUUUGGUGGGUUUGUAUUAUGUGCAUGGGCUGUGCUUGGACCAUAUCAUAUAAAGUUUGCCUCUUUCACAUCAACCUUCCAGUCUUUGCUUGCUCUUGUAAACGGGGAUGAAAUUUAUGUGACAUUCACUGCUGUUGACUCAGACAAGGAAAUCAUUCGGUUUUUCAAUGGAUUCUUUCUUGUUGCCUUUUUGGCUUUAUUCACUCUGAUAACUCUAAACAUAUUUAUAGCAAUAUUCAACACAGCAUAUGAACAUCAACACGACAAUGAAUAUAAAAAAGAACAUAGAAGUGACCUUCUGAAAUUUUUAGGAAGGAUGGAAUCGAAAACGUUUGAUACUCCAACAUGUGCGUCAUGUGUAAGGAGUUCUUGUCCAUCAAUGUUGGGGUGUACCUCAUUUUGCGAUGAAGACCGAUACAAUCGAAAAUCCUACCAGUUCAAUACAUGAUGACUCUAUAAUGCAAUACAUGUUUUUAAAGAGAAUUUUUUAUAUCAAAAUCGAACAAUUUAUUGACAUUGUAUUCAUGAGCUCAAGCUGUGGUGUUUGUGUUGAUAAAAAGAAUGCUGUCUAUUUUACUUGUUGAGCAAAUGCAAUGUAUAUUGUUACUGUUAAUAUAACACAUCAAAGAGAAUAAGAUUAAUAUAA